CGCGGCGCCAGCCGGGAGCCCAGCCGAGGCGCGAGGACCGCGCGAGCUUCUCCCGUGGGCUCCCCUCCCCCUGCGGCGACCCCCGCUCCGGCCGACUGGUCCCCGAAACGGUGGCGGCGGUUUGUGGUCGUUGGUCCCAAGGAUUUAGGACCAACAUUUGAAGACCCGAAGGGGAACGGCAACCAUGAAUGAAGAAAACAUAGAUGGAACAAAUGGAUGCAGUAAAGUCCGAACUGGUACUCAGAAUGAAGCAGCGUUACUUGCUUUGAUGGAAAAGACUGGUUACAACAUGGUUCAAGAAAAUGGGCAAAGGAAAUUUGGUGGUCCUCCUCCAGGUUGGGAAGGUCCACCUCCACCCAGAGGCUGUGAAGUUUUUGUAGGAAAAAUACCUCGUGAUAUGUAUGAAGAUGAGUUAGUGCCUGUAUUUGAAAGAGCUGGGAAGAUAUAUGAAUUUCGACUUAUGAUGGAAUUUAGUGGUGAAAAUCGAGGUUACGCUUUUGUGAUGUAUACUACGAAAGAAGAAGCCCAGUUAGCCAUCAGAAUUCUUAAUAAUUAUGAGAUUCGACCAGGGAAGUUUAUUGGUGUAUGUGUAAGCCUGGAUAACUGCAGGUUAUUUAUUGGAGCUAUUCCCAAGGAAAAGAAGAAAGAAGAAAUCUUAGAUGAAAUGAAGAAAGUUACAGAAGGAGUGGUAGAUGUCAUUGUUUACCCCAGUGCAACUGAUAAGACCAAAAAUCGUGGUUUUGCAUUUGUCGAAUAUGAAUCUCACAGAGCUGCAGCUAUGGCUAGGAGAAAACUAAUUCCAGGGACUUUCCAACUAUGGGGCCAUACCAUUCAAGUAGAUUGGGCUGACCCAGAGAAGGAAGUUGAUGAGGAGACCAUGCAGAGAGUUAAAGUUCUCUACGUACGAAAUCUGAUGAUCUCAACUACAGAGGAAACAAUUAAAGCAGAAUUCAACAAAUUCAAACCCGGUGCGGUUGAACGAGUAAAGAAACUUCGAGAUUAUGCCUUCGUUCACUUUUUCAACCGAGAAGAUGCAGUGGCUGCCAUGUCUGUUAUGAAUGGAAAGUGCAUUGAUGGAGCAAGUAUUGAGGUCACACUGGCAAAACCAGUGAAUAAAGAAAACACUUGGAGGCAGCAUCUUAAUGGUCAGAUUAGCCCCAAUUCUGAAAACCUGAUUGUGUUUGCUAACAAAGAGGAGAGCCACCCCAAAACUCUUGGCAAGCCACCGACACUUCAAGCUCGUCUCAAUGGCCAGCAUAGCCCAAGCCCUCCUGAAAUCGAAAGAUGCACUUACCCAUUUUUUCCUGGAACAAAGCUUACUCCAAUUAGUAUGUAUUCUUUAAAAUCCAAUCAUUUCAAUUCUGCAGUAAUGCAUUUGGAUUAUUACUGCAACAAAAAUAAUUGGGCACCACCAGAAUAUUAUUUAUAUUCAGCAACCAGUCAGGACGGGAAAGUACUCUUGGUGUAUAAAAUCGUUAUUCCUGCAAUUGCAAAUGGAUCCCAGAGUUACUUCAUGCCGGACAAACUCUGUACUACGUUAGAAGAUGCCAAGGAACUGGCAGCCCAGUUUACGUUACUUCAUUUGGACAGGGAACACAAUCUCUUCAGCCUGGACCUUUAUAGAAGAAUUUGGAGAAAAUAAACAGGUCCUUUCUGAUGUUGCUUGAACUUAUUCUCCCUGCAGUUGAUCUCAUUCCUGUUGGCUUAAUAUUAAGACCCAUGACAACACUAAGUUAACGUUCAUCUUUUAGCUCUCACUUAUAGUACCAGGAAAAUACAGAAAGAACUUUACCUGGAACAUUCAAUGACCUAAUUUUUUCCAUUCCUAGAAGCACCAUAACUUUUAUAAGGAAUCAUCUUACAGUCAUUUGCACACCCUUGGCUUAUCUCUGCACUAAAGAACAUAGUUGAGUUUUUGGGAAGUACAGGAUUUACAGAUUUGGUCUUUACUAGUCACACACAUCUAUACACAUUAUAAUUAAUGAAGCAGGACAUUAUUGAUAAAUAAGAUGAAUGUUCAUUGUGGAACAAUAAUGCUUCAAACGUUGGCUUUUUAAAAAAUAAUUUGGUUUAAUUUUUGGAUUUUUCUAUCCUAUAAGUUGAUAAUGUUUCUUGAAGUUUAUUUGAUUCAUUUUAUUAUUUUAUGAUACCAGUAGAAUUCUAAUGUUAAAUUGGUUUGUUGAGUUGUAUAAAUGUUUACAGUAGUAUUUAAAUAAUGAAAUAUAGACAGUUUUUGCAACCCAGGGGUGAAUGUUUCUGCUCCUUGAUACCUACCUAAUACAAUUUCAAAAAAGAAGUAAAUAUGAAUUCACUGUUUUUUAUCUUUUCUUCAUGACCCCUUAGUGUUAGUACCAAAUUUAAAAGGAGCUUCAUUAUGGAUGGAGCAAAGAGAAAUCAGAGGUUCUCUUUUUUGGUGAACAUAAAGAUACACAACAAUUAAUAGGUAACCAGGAAAUAGAUAAUCCAAGAAUGCAUUUUAGGAAGAGCUCUGAAGCAUUGUGUCGCUGAAAGCUUACAUGAUACCGACCGAUGACACUUUCGGUAUUUGCAAUGCAGUGAGUACUGACAGUCUUUACCAGCAGUAUAAUAUUAUCAGGCUUUUGAAUGUUCGAACAUUAUGUUAAACUGUGAUUAUAGUUUUUAUGCUUUGUCUCUUUGAAUUAAAUUUGUAACCAUAAAGAUGUGCAGCAUAAUUGUUAUGUAUUUAUUUACAGACUACAAUUUUCGUCGCAGCUCAAUAAAUAGCCUUUCCCCUGUUAGUGCUACCCUCUCUUCUGGGACACCCAGCGUGCUUCCUUACACUUCAAGGCUUUACUCUUAUCCGAGCUAUUCCUUGUCACCAACAGUGUCACUUGCUAAUGGCAGCCAUGUUGGACAGCGACUGUAUAUCUCCAAUCAGGCCUCGUUCUUCUGAAGAAAAUACUGUAAACAGGAGUAUGAAAGUUUCUUUGUAAAGCCUGCAAAUUAAAAUACUCUUUUAUUUUAGAAUCGGGUUUGCACAUUUGGUUUUAAAAUGAUAAUUAUAUAUUUAUUUCAACAUAGUAAAACAUCACAAUUCAGAAUAACUUACACUUGUAAAACUUGUAAAAAUGCUAAGUUUAAAAAGUUACUCAGUGAUUUCUCUUGAUAAAGGCAUAACAAACUACUAUUCUUUUUAAACUUUCGGGAUUUUAAAUAACUUCUAAUUCCUGAGUGGUCAGUAGAACCUAGAAGUUUACGUUAAAUUUUUUCAUUAUAACUUUGCUAGAGUUUCACAAACAUUAAAGCACUUGCAGACAGUGGUUACACUAGAUUUGAUUACCAAGGAUCACCAUCUGUAUUAGAGAUUAGAACAAUUCUGUAACCAGAAGCAUCUAACUAUUAUGUAGAAAGAAAUGAAGGGCAAAAAGAUUAAGAUGCAAAUUUUAUGCAGUACUAAAGAAAAAGCAGUCUACCAUUGUCCUUGAAAAUAACUAUAAAUAUUUCAGUUGAUGAUUAUUUGUUAUAGAAAUAAAUUAUAAUUUUGCUGUUAAUGUAUUUAAGGUUUUUAUAGUUAUGCUUCAUUUGUGUUUGAUAUUCACUGUAUAGUUGUUUGAGUAAUAAGUGUUAGAGUUUUUUAAUGUUGAAAUCAUGUGUUGUUUAAUUUUUGUACUUGAAUUCAAAUUCUUGGACAUUAAAUAUGCGAUGCU